UCGAAAUUGCUCGCUAUAAAUACCCAGCAGCACCCCAACCAUUCCCAAAACUCACAAACUUGAAAAGAAAGCAAAUUAAUUCAGAGCAAAUUCAACUUUCUAAUCAAUGGCUUCACCCACCAAUUUUCUUCUUCAUACCUUUGUCUGGCUAGCACUUGCAACCACAGCUUUUUCCUUAUCUCCCAAAUUUUAUGACCAAGUUUGUCCCCAAGCUUUGCCUGCCAUCAAGAAAAUAGUCCACGCUGCUGUCCAUCGUGAGCGACGCAUGGGAGCUUCUCUACUUCGUCUGCACUUCCACGACUGCUUUGUUAAUGGUUGUGAUGGUUCCCUUCUGCUGGAUUCUACAGCUACCAUUGACAGUGAAAAGAAUGCACGUGCCAAUGUAAAUUCUACCAGAGGAUUUGAAGUAAUCGACCAAAUUAAGGCUGAAGUGGACAAAAUUUGUGGACGCCCUGUGGUGACAUAUAAAAUAAGGUGAGAAAAAUAUAAGAGAAUAAA